GCAACUGCUGCGAUGCCCCUUGCUAGAUUCCCAUACUGUCAUUCAUAGACGUUCUCCUUUUAUGAUUGCCAUCCCAUCUCCUGUCGGACGACUGUCAAAACAAGCUUUCACCACCCACCACACCCAUCACAACAGUGAAAGUCCGCUCCCCCAGGCGACCAAUGUGUGACCAGUGCGCAACAUAUGUUUCUGUGAUGCCUCGCGCAACCCAGGACGUUUUCCCUCCAAACCAACUUCUUUGUGUCGUUUGAACUUACAACUCUACAACCCGCCAACGCAUGGGAGACAACCUCACAACCCCUACCAUCGCACCAACGCAGUCAUGUCAGGAUCACGACCGCGCCCGCCAACAUCUUCUGUCAGUUCCCCUUCUUCCAACACAGACGAUCGGGCUGCACAACCAAACUCUGCGAACCCCAUCGACACAACCAUGUCGGAACCAGCACAACGUCCACCCCCAUCUUCGUCCCGUCCCCCUUCUCCCAAUCCUAGGAACCAACAACCAACACAGACAGCUUCUUCCAUACCAACCAAUGCAACAAUGUCCGAACCACGGUCACGCCGACCAACACAUCGUCCCCAUUCCGGCUCUCCCAACCCUAACAGCCUGGAAGCGCAGAUAGCUGCCGCCAUGCAAACCGACGCCAGCGUAUCCGGCUCAGCUUCUCGUGUACCGACAUCUUCGUCCCUUUCCGCUGCUUCCAAUCCAUCAGAGAACCCAGGAGGACCACGGACGACUUCAUCCAUCCGUCACAACGCAGCCACGUCGACAUCAAGCUCACCUCAAUCAACGACCGCAUCAUCCCGCCAGCAACAACACCACCAACAACAACAACUCCACACCCGGCUCUCCACGUUCCCCACGCGUGCCCUCGCCCAGGUCCUCGGGCCCCGGAUGCGACUCGACGGCUCGUUCGCCUCACGCAUCACGACGCGCCUCCUCGAGCUGGUGGUCCGCAACCGGCCCUCGCGAGAGCACCUGGUGACGCAGUACGCGGCGCCCAUGGCGGUGAUGGCCGUGGUGCCGGGCUUGUUGGGGGGCAUUCCGUUGGUGGGAGCCGGGUUGGGGAGGUGGUUGGGUACGUUCAAUCUCCCCUUUUCUUGCUCUUCUGCUUCGCCUUGGUUCUAUUUCCCACCGUCAUUCUCUUAUCCCCCUUUCUGAUUCGUCUGCUGUGUGCAAGUAUUGAGGAUUGGGGCUGACGUUCUGUCUAGCGACUUUCAUCUCUGGCUUGCUCCGCGCUCACGUCCAUGGGACGCUAUCGCAAGACAUGUUGGCCAUGUUUCGCGCCGCGGGACUGCCUGCUAUUCGGAACUUUUCCUCUACUCCCUUCGCGGUUUCGCAUAUCCCUCUCAUACUUCUUCCCUUAUGCGAAUAACCUCAUCCUUACCUUCCCACUACCCACCCAUCACACCCCUUCCGUCCUCCCUUCUCCAUCCCCACCAUCACCC